ACACGUUCCAUAUGUAUUGUACUAUUGUUUGUUUAUCAAUCGGUUAAGCACGUUUGGUUUUUGCACGUGUGGCGCUCGUCUUUCUCGAGGAAUCUCUACCGUGUCUGUUUAUCCCAGCUCUCUUGCCAUCCAUGUCUCUCUAAAAUCUCUUGUUGUGCCAUUGUUGUAGUUGUCUGCGUGAGUUGUCAGUGUGACAACACGCCUGUUGCCGUCCACGUACCUUACUAUCAAACCAUAGACAUCCGAAGCCCAGGCUAUCCAGCAAACUACGGCAUAAAUCUAAACUGCUCAUGGAUAAUCAGCUCUGAUGCUGUAACGGACAUUUUGUUCGUACGGUUAGAAAAUGUCUUCGUGGACUGUAAUGGGGACGCACUCCUGUUAAAAGAAUUAAAGACGAACACCAAGAUAGUAUCAUUUUGUGGGGAUGCUAUUACAAGUGACGUCUACAUUCAAUCCGAGGGUCUAAAGGUUGAGUUCUUAACCAAUGCUGUACAAAGGCUUAACGACAAGGGAUUCCGUGUACGUGUCACCAGUAUUCCGAAACCAAGUUCGGAUGUCGAUUCCUGUACAUCGCAGAACGAAGUCGAGCUUCAAGCCGAGAAGAAAACCAAAGUGCUGAUGUCCCCAAACUUUCCAAACAAGUACCCCUCAAAUCUAAACUGUCAGUGGAGGAUUGUGUCUAAACCCGGAUAUGCAAUUCAGGUCAAUCUAGACAUAUACGACAUCGAGUAUGCAACCACACCGCCACAAGACCCAGUGGAUUUCCUGCAGAUACGCGAAAUAGCGAAUAUUUCAACCUUACCGAUAAAGUAUUCUGGACGUUGGAAGUUUGACCCUGUACAGCUCGUCUCCACGGGAAGUGUUGGAUUGACUUUCAUAUCAGACGGUGAUACCAGUUACGCCGGAUUUCUACUUCGUUACAAAUUAAUGGGCUCGGGGUUGGAACUUUCCGCAGUGGAUAGAAUGUCUAAACCAGAGGAGAGCAUGUCUGUUUUAGAUGAGGCACCAGCAACAGAUAGUAAUAAGGUGGCUGUGACACAGAAUACCAGGUCUACAACAGAAGAUUCAUUGACAACAGAACAUACAUUGUCUCCUUCACAGGAAGCCAUGUCAACAACAGAAGAUUCAUUAUUUUCUACACAAGAAACCAGGUCUACAACAGACGAUACAUUGACAACAGAACAUACAUUGUUGCCUUCACAGGAAGCCAUGUCAACAACAGAAAGCACAUUGACAACUAUGUCUUCAAUGGAUUUCCUCUUGUCUACAACGGAGACUUCUUCAGACAAAGGAAUCUAUACAAAGCAAAACAAAAUGUCAACAGAAGAGGAUAUUACAUCGACAUUAGAUGCGGGUUAUAGAACAAAAACGACAACACAGGUAGAAUCCGACAAAGCAUCCCUCAAUAUAACUGGAUCCGAAGUUACGACCAAGUCUGAUAUCACGGAAACACAGACAUCUGAUGUAACUCAAACGUUAACGUCUGAUGGUAGUACAGAAGUUGAUUCAUCAGGUGUUUCAAAGUUGACGACUUCACCCGUUUACACAAAAAAAGAUAUUAUAAAUAGUAUAAAUAGUAUGGAGUCAGGGAAAACCGUGGAUACACAGGAGCAGAACAAGAGCUCCUGUGAUGUUUAUAAAUGUGUGAUACCCCUCGUAAUCGCUAUUGGUCUAUUUCUGUCUGUUCUCUGUGUGGUCUUUGUAGUGCUUGGUGCAAGGCGUUCUCGUCGGCGAUAUAAGUACCGAAUAGGUGAUGCAAAAGGCUCUCAAACUCUUGUUACCCUGGCUAAGACAAAGCAUGACGAUUUUAACUUGUAACACUAUACACUUUCUACCACGAAAAAACUGCAACUGCCAAAUUGUUAUUAGUUAAAAAAGCCCUUGCGUAUGGUGGCAGUGUUUCGAUAUUACAAAAGUCGAGAUUCUAAGGAAACCAUAGUACAAUUGACUUUUGUGCGUCAGAAGGUAGCCAUUUAUUUUUGAAUAUUGGGCUAUUUUAAUAUACAUGGAUUCGUCAAUACAUAGGAAGCUUUAUACACUGUUAUAAGCUCAAUAUAUAAAACAUUGACGGAUACAGUUACGGUCAUUAUGAUUGUGCAUAUAGUAUUAAGAAAAGGUUUCCUACAUCAGGACACGAAGUCCGUUCCCAAUUAUUGCAAAUCAGUCUUCUACGCCUAAACACUUACGAUAUUACAUGAUUUUUUUAAUAUAUCGCUAGCUCGAUUUGACGUUUAUAAUUGAUGUCAAAAUGGCUGUUUCAUCGAUAGUGUUAAAUCUUAUACGAUUCGUCAUAGCAUUAUAUAAGAAAAUGUCAAUGUAAGUAUUAAACGACUUAACUACAAUAUUUACAGAACAUCGUACAAUCUGAUGUUUCCCUUAAACGAUUCGUUAUACUACUUGGAGGACCAUUAUCACAGAAAAUUACAUAAGGGUCAAUACAUGCUUAAUUCAUUUUUGCGAUAUUUAACAAUAUUGUUAUUUGAGAGCAUUCCGCUAAAUUAUGAAUAUGCUUAUUGCAGUUUCUGCUUCCUAUUACAUGCAUUAAAGAAGCGCCAAUUCAUCAUGUCGCUUGUUUGCGGUAAAAGAGUGUGUCUAAGUAAUUUAGUACGUUUAAAGUGAUUGUUCAUUUUGUUAAACAGUGAUUCAGCAUCAUUUUAUCCAUUACUUAUUUGUUAAUUAUUCCUUAUCGCCCUCUGGUUAUUUUAUCAUUAUUGAGUGAGUGAAAAUCGGAUUUGCUUUACGCGAGUUGUCUUUCUUGCUCCAUCAAAAAGGCAAUGCUGGUCCUUCGGUUGAGGGAAAUUAGUGAUAGUACAUCUUUUAUUUUUUCUCUUUUUUUUUUUUUUUUUCGCAACGUAAAACCGCGAAGUGAAUUUGGUCCCACAGUAUUGUGUGUGGAGAUCUGCUUGAAACCGUCUUGUGUAAUUCGUUCACUUGAUGGAAAUAGAUCUUCGAUGUUAUAUUAUUGCACAGUGCUAAUGGUGAUAUGCGAAUACCUCAGUAUGACAUUUUAUCAUUUAUUUUAUAUUAAGCUCUCUCGCUGCGAGUUGUAUGUACUAGAACUUAUUUCCAUGCCAUUGUUUAUCUAUAUUGUAGCAUUCUGUAGUUAUCAUCGUCUUUACAAACAACCCUAUAUGCAUUAAUGCAUAGACAAAAGAUUGUCUAAAUGGCGAAAUUUUAACCCCGAAUUAUUUCUAGACAAGAAGUCUUGGAAUUUUUUGACCCACAAUAUUCAGCAUAUAUAAAUUGUUCUCGUUUAUGCAGAAAGUUGUAUUUUAUGUUCCAACUGCAUUGUAACUCAUUAUUAGAUAUUAAAAUAAGAUGAAUGAUGGAGUACGUAGUUUUAAAAGAAAUAUCAAUUUCUGGAAAAAAAACACGCGAAUACAAAUUAUAUGAUUGGAGAAUUAUAAAAAAAAAUGCCUCUAUCUGUAAAUGUAUGUACAUGUGCAGAAAUCUAUUAACAUUAAUCUAUGAACAUUUCUAUUUUAUUUGUUGUCAUGUGUAUAAGAAACGGUUAUAAUUAACAUUGCACACGGUUCUUAUUGUAAGGCACUUCUGAGCCAUACUAUUUGUAGUUUGGUUUAGCAUUUGAUGUCCUGUAAACAACUAUUUCCCUUUAAGGGCGGCCUCCUCGUGUGCUAGAGGCAUCCGUGUGCCGAGUGUGUGUUUUAUAAUGUCCUUAUAAGGUUAACUCACUGAUCCAUACUGCCGAUGAUACGAAGAAAGUAGAGGUGGAGGGCUAGUGUUAAAGUGUCGGGACACCUUAACCACUUGGCCACCGCGGCCAUAGUACGAGUGAAAAAUAUCGAAAUAUUCUGUCAUUACAGGUUAUAUUCAACGGGAAAACCAUUCAACUUUCUUUUUAUUUCUUUUUUUAUGAUAAAAACAAUAUUAAAAACAUCGAAAAAUUAAUAGUGUCAAAAAGUGUGGGAAUCAGUGACAUAAUUCAUGACUUCCUAUCUUUGUGACGUUACUCCACCUCAACAUGACGGUGUCAUUUUGAAAGGACUGAUCAUUGAAUCUAAGCGUUUUCUGCUGUUGUCGGAAAAUCUGUGCAUGAAAGGAUAACGUCAAGUGAGUAUUUUGUGGAAAACUAGUCGGGAUACUUCAGAAAUACAGCAAAAUAACUCAUUUUUUUCUAUCUUCGCUCCGAUUGGAAAAAUCGGCAAGUUUCAAUACCGUGAAUGCAAAGGUUCGCUCUGAUUGGUCAAAAACCAAAAAUCUUAUAAUCAAAAGCACAAAUGCAAUAAAUAUUUAUAAUGGAUGCUUAGAAUAAAAUGCUGUGGAUGUUA